GCGCGGCGGCGGCGGCGGCGGCGGCGGCGGCGGCGGCAUGGCCGAGCGGCGGGUGAACGUGAACGUGGGGGUGCUGGGCCACAUCGACAGCGGCAAGACGGCGCUGGCGCGGGCGCUGAGCACCACGGCCGCCACGGCCGCCUUCGACAAGCAGCCGCAGAGCCGCGAGCGCGGCAUCACGCUCGACCUGGGCUUCUCGUGCUUCUCGGUGCCGCUGCCCGCGGGGCCCGCGCCCGGCGCGCCGGCGCUGCUGCAGGUCACGCUGGUGGACUGCCCGGGGCACGCCUCCCUCAUCAGGACCAUCAUCGGCGGAGCCCAGAUCAUCGAUCUCAUGAUGCUGGUCAUCGACGUGACCAAGGGCAUGCAGACGCAGUCGGCGGAGUGCCUGGUGAUCGGGCAGAUCGCGUGCCAGAAGCUGAUCGUGGUGCUGAACAAGACCGACCUCUUGGCUGAGGAGAAGAGGCAGGCGGCGAUCGAGAAGAUGACCAAAAAGAUGCAGAAGACUCUGGAGAACACCAAGUUCCGGGGCGCACCCAUCAUAGCCGUGGCAGCCAAGCCGGGGGGACCGGAGGCCCCUGAGACAGAAGGCCCUCAGGGCAUCUCGGAGCUGAUUGAGCUCCUGACCUCCCAGAUCUCCGUCCCCGUGCGAGACCCCUCGGGGCCGUUCCUCAUGUCCGUGGACCACUGCUUCUCCAUCCGCGGCCAGGGCACCGUGAUGACGGGCACCAUCCUCUCGGGCGCCAUCAGCGUCGGCGACAGCGUGGAGAUUCCUGCCCUCAAGGUGGUGAAGAAGGUGAAGUCCAUGCAGAUGUUUCACACGCCCGUGACCUCGGCCAUGCAGGGGGACCGGCUGGGCAUCUGCGUCACCCAGUUCGACCCCAAGCUGCUGGAGCGCGGGCUGGUGUGCGCCCCCGAGACCCUGCACACCAUCCACGCGGCCCUCGUGUCCGUGGAGAAGAUCCCCUACUUCCGGGGCCCCCUGCAGACCAAGGCCAAGUUCCACAUCACGGUGGGCCACGAGACCGUCAUGGGCCGGCUGACGUUCUUCGGCCCCGAGCCCGAGCACUUUGACCGGGAGCCGCUGCUGGACGCCUUCGACUUCUCGCGCGAGUACGUCUUCCAGGAACAGUACCUGAGCCGGGAGCCGGGCCCGGACGGAGGGGAGGCCCCGGCCGCGGAGGGCCGCUGCCCCCAGCAGCAGUGGGCCCUCGUGGAGUUCGAGAAGCCCGUGACGUGCCCGCGGCUGUGCCUGGUGAUCGGCUCCCGGCUGGACGUGGACGUCCACACCAGCGCGUGCCGCCUGGCCUUCCACGGCGUCCUGCUGCACGGGCUGCCGGACAGGGGCUACGCCGAGAGCCUCCUGCCGCAGCUGAAGGUGUACAAGCUCAAGAGCAAGCAGGGCCUGGUGGAGCGGGCGAUGGACGACCACAGCGUCAUCGGCCGCUCGCUGUUCAAGAAGGAGACCAACAUCCAGCUCUUCGCGGGGCUCCGGGUGCAGCUGUCCUCGGGGGAGCAGGGCGUCAUCGACAGCGCCUUCGGCCAGAGCGGCAAGUUCAAGGUCCACAUCCCCGGUGGCCUCAGCCCCGAGUCCAAGGCCCUCCUGACCCCCGCGCAGAAGAAGCGGAACCGGGCCGGCCGGGGGGAGCCCGGCAAGCCCGAGGACGGCCCCGAGCGGCCGGAGCCCGCCCAGCAUGUAACCCUCAGCCUGACCUUCAAGCGCUACAUCUUCGACAGCCACAAGCGCCUGGUGCAGACGCCCUGACCCCGGUCCACACCGCCUCUCCGGGGUGGCCGUGCAGAGCUCAGGCGGCCAGGCAGGGGCGUCGCCGAGGAGCCGGAAGCUGUGGACGGGGGUCUCCACCCUGGCCCUGGGCAGCUGCGCCC